AUGGAAAAAAGCAUAGAUAAAAUUAUUGAAAAAGUGUCGGAGUACGAAAAUAAACUUGAAAAUACCAGUGUGACGACAGAAUCAAAUAAUUCAAAAUUAAAAUAUAUAUUGCGAUGGACAUCAUCUAAAAAUGUACCGUUUGUGUAUAUGGGUGAAGGACAAAAUGGGUUUAUUGAAAGAAAUUGUCCAUAUACGAACUGCUUCGUUACUGGAGACAGAAAUUAUCUUGGUGACUAUACGAAAUUUGACGUCAUUGCCUUCUCUGGGCCAGAAGUUGUGCGUAUGAAUAAAAAUAGUUUGCCCAUCAAAAGGUCUCCACAUCAAAAGUUUGCAUUUGCGACUAUUGAAUCAGCUGAUAACUACCCGGUCUGUUCAAAUAAAUUGGAUGGUUUUUUUAACUGGACGUGGACAUAUAAAUUGGAUUCCGAAGCAAAAUGGGGAUACGUUGUUGUUCGUGAUGCAGAAAAGAAAUUAAUAGGUCCUAAGACUGUAAUGCAUUGGAUGAAAUUAGAAGAAAUGAAUCCUGUUAGUGAUGAGUUGAAAAAACAGCUUAGUAAAAAGUCGAAAGCGGCGGCUUGGUUCGUUUCGAACUGUUAUUCAAGGAGUGGUCGUGAAAAGUUCGUUAGAGACUUGCAACAGCAACUAAAAAAAUAUGAUUUAAAUGUAGAUGUUUAUGGUAAGUGCGGACCAUUAAAGUGUGAACGGGACAAAGAUGACGAAUGUAACAAGAUGAUUGAAAAUGAUUAUUACUUUUAUUUAUCAUUUGAAAAUUCAUUUAGUGAAGAUUAUGUCACUGAAAAGUUAUUACACGCAUUGAAACAUAAAGCUAUACCAAUUGUUUAUGGUGGGGCUAACUAUACAAGGUUUAUGCCUGAUGGAAUUUACCUCAAUGCACGAGAUCUUGGUCCACAAAAGUUAGCAGAAAAAAUGAAUGAGUUAAUUAAUGAUCCAGAAAAGUAUGCGGAAUACUUUAGAUGGAAAGAUCAUUAUUCAUAUUAUAGGAGGUUCGAGAGCUUAGAGACAGAUGACUAUUGUAGAUUUUGUUCUAUUCUUAAUGAGGAGGAUUUAGUGAAAAAGACUACUAUAUAUGAAAAUUUCAGACAAUGGUGGGAUCCUCCAAAUAGGUGUUGA